GCAGAAGAUCCCGAAGAUCAACUACCAGAAAACAAAUACCAGCGCAUGGUUUGGGAAGCAUUUGAGUCGCCUACGUCAUCUGUGGUUGCUAGGUUACUGGCUGUCGUUUCGCUUGGUAUCAUCUUGAUAUCCAUCGUGGUAUUUUGUAUCGAAAGUUUACCCAGCUUGAAAGAUAUGGAAGUUUGGUUUAUGAUUAGCGCCGUAUGCAACGCCUGGUUCACUGUAGAGUAUAUAAUCCGGCUUGCCUGCGCUAAGAACAAGUUAACGUUUUUGAAAGGGACUUUAAAUAUCAUCGAUAUUUUGUCAAUUUUGCCAUUUUACAUUGAUCUUAUCAUGAAAAGCGUUAACGCAACGGGCGGAGCGCUGGAAGUACUUCGUGUUUUGCGAGUCGUGAGAGUUGUCCGUAUUUUCAAACUAACACGUCAUUCCAGAGGGUAAUAGCAAUUUAUCUUUUUAUUUAUUUAUUUGUUUGUUUGUUUGUUUGUUUAAAUAUAUUACAUUAAUGUCUUUGCCCAAUUCACCCGAGAUAGAGGCCCGUGAUACACGAGUAAAAAUUUCACAGCUUUUCAACAAGACGUGUUCGCAUUGCUUGUCAGUCCAAGUUGUUGACAAGUCUGGAACAAGUUGUUAUCAUCUUGUAACAAGGUUGAUGGGGCCAACAACAGACUCGCAACAUGUUGUUCCAACAAGUCUGACAUCGUCUGCAUUUAACAAGUUGUUAACAAGUUAAUGACAACAAGCUCGUAACAACUUGUUACGAACAGCUUGUAUUAGUCUUGUUGGAACAACUUGUACCAAGUCUGUUCUCGGUAUCAACCUUGUAACAAGGUGAUAACAACUUGUUCCAGACUUGUCACAACAACUGGGAACAAGCAGUGCGAACACAUCCUGAUAUCGGCUUGACCAACAACCUUGUUACAACGUGUUUACAGAUUUGUAAAAACUGCCUGUUUUUACGUGUAUACUUCUUAAUGAGGACGGAAAACAGGAUUUCCCGGAGAAAAAACGUCAAAUCACAGAAGAGAACAAACUAUAAUUAUUUUCUGCUUAUCUACACUAAAUUCCCUUCCAUCCACCCCCUGUGCAGGCUGGGACAGCACGCUAAUCUCAUUUGCUAUUCGUUUAGGUUAUAUAUCCUUGGCCAUACACUGAAGUCGAGUCGAAGCGAGUUGUUUAUGUUGCUGUUGUUUAUGAUCAUGGGCGUGAUAUUGUUUGCAAGUGGUGUAUAUUAUUGUGAGAAUACGGAAAAUACAGAACAAUUUCCCAGUAUUCCUCAUUCUUUCUGGUGGGCCAUCGUUACCAUGACAACGGUAGGAUACGGUGACGUAUCACCCAAGACUAACCCAGGUAGGUCACGUGCAUAUAUAUACAGUGUCGUAAUGUAUCUUCGGACCCGUUAAUAUAACUCCCCUUUAUCGAGACGGGACGGAAUGAGAAGUGUAGGUUUCCAAAAUUCCUCCUGUUGUAACACUGCAUAUGAUGUCAUUAGGUGAAUUGCAAAUUAGUUUUCCAUUGUUUUUUGUACCAAAACGUCACCAAAUGACAUCAUAUCUGAAAACUUUGACAGUGAAAAGGUUUAUGAAGGUGAGGUUUUUUACUUUUAAGAUACAUUACAUUUCUUCUCAGAAUGACCCAAAUAUUACACAUACCAAAAAUUAUAUCAGGGCCCUGAUUAUAUUUGGGGGUCGAUCGCGCUUUAAAUCGAGCUGGUCAAAGUACGAAAUUUCGGCACACUCCUUGCCAGCUUCAUUUUAACCGCGCAGACAAAAACAUAGAAAGGGAAUGGAACUGACGUCCAAAUGUUCAAUAGGCAAUUCUAGCUUUUAAUUUAUGCGCGCAGGGGGUGAUGGGAAGUAAGGUAUACUAUUGGAAGUAAGGUAUCAUAUAAGGUAUCAUGAUUAUGCUGAAAUAUUUCAAUAAAAACUGUAUAAGCUAUCACUCCGUGUUUACACGGCCACCAUUUUUAUUUUUUCAGCAUAAUCAGCAAUAUGAUACGCGCUUAUAUUUUAAUUCGCAAAAUUAGUAAUAUUCCGAAGUUUCGUUGUAAAAUGCGGACAAUAUAGCCUUGCGAAGUUUGCCGUUUUUCAGUCAUUUUGCAUUUAUACAAACGGGAAAUUGAUAAUCAGUUUGAUCAUCUGAUUAUCAAUUUCCCAUUUGUAAUCAAAAUGACUGAAAAACGGCAAACUUCGCAAGGCUAUAUUAUCCGCAUUUUACAACAUUUUGCAACGAAACUUCGGAAUAUUACUAAAUUUGCGAUGCUCUUUCAAGCUGUGAUGAAAUUUUUGUCCAGACUUGCCUAGAUCAAAAUUUCACUUAAAAGGGAAAGGUCUAUUACCUAUAGCUCUUCGAUUUGCGCUAUCUUGCCUCAGUAUAUGAAUAUAUUUAUUUUAUUACCUAUAUAUAGGUAAAGUCAUUGGGGCAAUGUGUGCGUUAUCAGGUGUACUUGCCAUCGCCUUGCCUGUCCCCGUCAUUGUUAGCAACUUCGAGUAUUACUACAAGGAAGAGCUCGCCCGACAGAUUGCCGAGCAGUCCCGACAGGAGCGAAGAGCCCGCGAGGAAAACGCGAACCACCUCCCACUUCAAAUCCCACCACCUCUGUCCAGCUCGAUAAGUAACAUUGACCAAGAAAUUUUGGAGUUGAAAGGGGUGAAGCCCGCACAUAGCCGACAAGAUCUUGGAAACCAUUAUUCCAAAUUGUCACCGAAAACAACGCCAAGUACCCCCAGGAGAAGGGUUGAAACGGUGUUGUGA